AUGGAUGUCAGUGGAGAGCAAAACCUCGAUGUUAGGCAUGACAUCAUCAAGAAAAGGAUUAAUGCUCAUGGUAAUCUAGUAGAAGCAAGGCAGGAUGGUAUUGGUGCUCCAAAGAUUGAAAGACCAUUACAGAGACAUGGUAGCAGUCUUGAACACAAUGAGACAUACUGUGGUUCAUGUUAUGGUGCAGAACCGAAUGCCAUUGAUAGUGACAAAUGGGCGUCGAAUGCAAAAGCACAAAUGCACAUGUGCAGAAGUGAAGGUUUUGUACAAUGGAUUAAAGAUGAAGAAGGUCAAGGAUGCAACAUAUAUGGAUUCUUGGAAGUCAAUAAGGUGGCUGGAAAUUUUCAUUUUGCACCUGGGAAAAGUUUUCAGCAAUCAAAUGUUCAUGUGCAUGAUCUGCUAGCAUUUCAAAAGGAUAGUUUUAACGUUGUACCUACUGUCUGCACAGAUGUCUGUGGACAUACCAUCCAUUCGAAUCAGUUCUCUGUAACUGAACAUUUUAGGGGUGCUGACAUAGGCCACCUUCAGUCGCUUCCUGGUGUUUUCUUUUUUUAUGACCUUUCACCAAUCAAGGUGGGUUUUGUUGUCAAAAGCAAUGACCUUUCACCAAUCAAGGUGACUUUCACUGAGGAGCAUGUUUCGUUCUUACAUUUCCUGACAAAUUUCUCUGUAACUGAACAUUUUAGGGGUGCUGACAUAGGCCACCUUCAGUCGCUUCCUGGUGUUUUCUUUUUUUAUGACCUUAGACCAAUCAAGGUGGGUUUUGUUGUCAAAAGCAAUGACCUUUCACCAAUCAAGGUCUCNGGCAACCAAGGUGUGAUGUCCCUAGGCGCGACGCCCUCAAGCAUAAUACUGCAUCAAGGUGAAAUACAUCUCUAUCGCAUUGGAAGUGGCAAAAUAAACCUUUCACCAAUGUUGGACAGAAGUGGAAUCGUAGAAGUGUGGGGGCAACCUCGGCGAGACUCGUCCCCCCCGUUGCGAGAAUGGUAUCCUCAACCUAUUGGAUGUCGUUGCUCAACUAGUCCACUGAACUAA